AUGAUCAUUCUCCAACUGAUCGCCCGUCUCUCCACCAGGGUCUUCCUCGGCGACACCAUGUGCCGCAACACGGCGUGGCUCGAAGCUUCCAAGGCCUACACGGUAGCAAGCUUCACCAUGAUUCUCAAGAUGACAGCCCUCCCAUCCUCGCUGAAGUUCCUCGUCCCCUGGUUCUCCUCCGAAGCAAAGGACGUCUUCAAACACGGAGCCACAUGCCGCGCAAUCCUUACACCUCUUCUCGCCGAACGUCGAGCUCUAAAAGCCGAAGCUAGGAGAAACGGCAAACCGGAACCUGUUUUCAACGACAUGAUCGAUUGGUUCGAGCAGAAGAGCGGCGGGAAAGGGUACGACCCAGCUCUCUUCCAGAUCGCGCUAUCGUUCGUAGCGAUACAUACAACCAGCGAGCUGCUAACGCAUGCUAUAACCUUGCUGGCGAACGAACCACACUACGUUGCGGCAUUAAGGGAGGAAAUCGUGAGGGUACUAACAGCCGACGGGCUGACCAAAGCGGCGCUCGCAAAUCUCACGUUGAUGGACAGCGCGCUGAAGGAGUCGCAACGGUACAGGCCUGCUGCAUUCCGUAAGUCGUCCACUCGAUGA